CCACAAACAGCGCAAUGCCAUUUCCCAACUGAUGAACCCCUUUAAAUUGUCGCUAAAACCGCCAAUAAGAUCACAAAACAAAAACUGAAACGAGUCUGAGAAAAUCACAUAUGCCGAAGACUGAUCAAUCAUCAUCGUCGUCUUCUUCCUCGGAUCCGCCAUGGGAGGCCCUCUUUCUCAUCGCCCGCCACCUCGAUGCCAAAACCCUAGCCAUAGCCUCCUGCGUCUCCAAGUCCUGGUUCUCCUCCAUGUCCUCCGACCACCUCUGGCACCCUAUCUGCUCCGCCCACUUCCCCGCUCUCUCCCACCUCCGCGACACCGGAGCCGGGGCCGCCGUGCCCUGCCACCGCCUCUACGCCCUCGGCCACGCCGCCGCCCUCCGCCGACUCCGCUGCCCCCCGAAGCCCCGGGUCUCCCUCGACGACCUCCUCUUCACCAUCGACAUCCUCGUUGAGGACCGCCUCGUCGUCACCGUGGCGAGGCCCGGCGAGGAGCUGGGGGCCACCGCGAAAGGCGUCUUCCGGUUCGAGAUCGACGUGGGGGAGAAGGGAGCGACGGUGGAGCGAGCGAGGUUGGAGGGGGUGAGGGUGACGUGGCACGUGGUGGCGAAGGGGUGGACGGGGGCGGUGGCGAUGGUGGAGGGGGGAGUGAAGGGGUGCUUCGGGCCCACGGCGACGGUGGGGUGGUUCUCGGAGGAUCUGCCGGCUCCGGGGUGCUGCGCAGCGGGGGCCGGGGGAAGGAGUGGGCUAGUGGCAGAGUUGAAGCUAGAGUUUUGCGGCUGUGACGGCGGCGGCGGCGGCGGCGGCGUGGUGAGGCUAGAGAAGGUGUGUGUGGGGGUAUUGAGUAUAAUGCGUUGGAGGUAUCUAAGAAUUGAGUGUGCUCUUCGGCAUUUACAGCAUUUUAUGCUCCAUGAUGGUUUGCAACUAUGACAACGUCAGGACGAUGUCAUGCAGUUUAGAUGCAGCUUUCCAUUUUUUUUUUUUAUCUGAACAAAUGAAAUGUAUUUAAAUUUGAAUUUUUAUAAUGUUGUGUAUUUAAAUUUGAAUUUGUAUAAUAUAUUUGUAUUUGAAUUUGAAUUUGAAUUUGUAUAAUAUAUUUGUACUUAAAUUUGAAUUGCAAUUAUGGUUUUUACAGGAA